CUGUGUUCAUGUCCUCCGUCCCCCCGCCCACACGUUCCUCACGGCGCUAGACCGAACCCCGACGUGUCCAAUGAGAAGAGUCCGUUCCGCUGGGGGCGGGGAGUUGGGGAUUUCAUUGGGGAAGGACUUCCUUCCUAUUUGCUGUUGGAUGGAAGCUGCGCUGCGUAGGUGACACAUAACUACAAUUAAAAGUGUUUUUGUAGGCCUCGUAAAUAUCGGGAUUUUGAUUUAUAUUACAGGGAUGGAGAAAAUCUGAACGCGUUGCAAUGGGAAUCUGUUACAUCCGGUCUGGGUUUGUUUCCGAAUAGAGUGAGCCAUUGCUUCUACAUUAAGCACAAUGACAAAUUCUGCUUCUCAUGAAAUAUCGGAGAGAGUUUGCUGUCUGUAGUGUUGUCAAACGGAAAUCCAAGGAAAAGUAAAAACAAACUGGGAUUCCUUCGUUUUUGUGGGCCAAAAUGAAUCCAACAUCUUCACUAAACUUCCCCCAACUCUAAAGUGUUUCUGCUCCCUCUGUUUAAUGAUGCUUGGGGACGACUGAGGUGAGAAGGGGAUUGAAGUAGUUAGUAGUAGAAAGUUUAGACGAAGUUUGCACAGAAGUGACCCGACGAUUCAACCAUGGGGAACGGAGUGUGUUCUCGGAGGCAGCGGAGAAUCUUCCAGUCUCUCCUUCUCAUCGCGGUGGUUUUCGGAAUGAUUUAUGGAGGGAUGAUAUCUUAUGAGAUGCACAAUCAGCUGAAGAGAACAGAGGCGAUGGCUGUCAAGUACCAGCAGCAUCAAGAGUCGCUCUCCGCGCAGCUUCAAGUGGUGUAUGAGCAUCGCUCGCGGCUAGAGAAGUCUCUGCAGAAGGAACGUGUGGAGCACAAGAAGGCCAAAGAGGAUUAUCUGGUGUAUAAACUUGAAACCCAACAGUCACUGAACAAGGAGAAGCAGGACUCCAGCAACAAAUUCAAUGCUUUACAUGGGCAGCACCAGAUGCUGAAGAAGCAGCACGAGGACCUGAAGAAGCAGCACGAGGACCUGCAGGAGCAGCAUCAGAUUCAGGGAGACGACCACGGCAAGGCCUUGGACGAACACAAGGACCGCUUCGACAAGCUACAGCAGACCAAAGAGAUGGAAGUCUCCAAGCUCAAAGAGAAUGUGUAUAAUCUGAGAGAGGAGAAUAAGCAGCUGAGGAAAGCUCACCAGGACAUCCAUGUCCAGUUGCAGGAUGCACGGAUAGUACAUAAGGACUUGAAGGAUGCCCAUGAUCAGCUUGCACUGACGCUAGAGGACCACAAGAGUGCGCUGGUCUCAGCUCAGGUCCAGGUGGAUGAGUUUAAGCAUCUCAAAGAGACCCUGAUCAGAAUGCCCAGCCGUCAACAUGAUCAAAACCCCGCCCACCAACAGGCCCAGCCAGCUGCUGUAUUGGCCGAGCCCCAAGAACAGGGCCCACCCUCACCACAGUCAGCUGCCUUAUUCGCUGAGCCCCACGUAGAAUCACACACCCAUGAGGAAGACCAUGGGGACACACAAUCCAGGUUGCAUCUGCAGGAAGAGGAAGUGGGCAAGCCAGAGUUCCAGUCUCAGCCUGCCCAGUCCCACCAUGCUGAGAAAGAGGGAUAUGGGGAUGCAGAGGGGGAGGCAGAGAGGAGGAGAGAGCUGGCGGAGGAGGAGAUGGAGCAGGCGGGGCAGCCCCAGAAGCUGGAGGAGGAAUCUGAACAACCACAGGAAGACGAGAGGUUGGAGGCGGAACAAGACCAGCCAGACGACAACGCUCUGGACCAUCAGAGACGCCAACCACAACAGGAUCCACAAAAUGACAUCCACCACAUCCCUGAGACCCACCUCCAGCAGGAGGCCCACGUGGCCCAGCCCCAGGUGGAGCGGGUGAAGUCUGCCUACGAGCAGCAGCAGGAGCAGCAGCGCCUGGAGGCUGAGAGGACCCAGAGGACGAGGGAACUCCAGCUGCGCCAGGAGGCCCUGCUGGCCCAGAGAAUGAGAGUGCAGAGGGAGAGAGAGCAGCGUCUGCGAGCUCAGCACGAGAGAGAGGAAGAGCAGCAUCGAGAGGCGGACCGUCGGGAACAACUACUGAAGGAGGAGCAGAUCAGGAAGAAGAGUAACUAUGACAACAUGGACAAUGACAUCGUCCAAGGUGAUGAAGAACCUCAUAUUGAUGAUGACGAAGAGAGGGACCCUCACAUGGAGCAAGAUGAGGAGCAAGAUGAAGAGGAACACCGAGUACCACAACUACAGGAGGGGGCAGUAGAGAGGGAGGUGGACCCAGAGGAUGACCCUAAUAACCAGGGAGAGGAUGAGUUUGACGUGGCAGAGGAGCAGCAUCUUCAGCAUAGGGAGGAAGAGGAGGCAGACACGCUCCCCAACCACCCAGCCAUAGACGAGGAACUGGUGAUGGCGGUAAACCCCGACCAGCAGGAAGACAACCUGGAUGAGCUGUAUCCGGAGGACGAGGUUCAGGAGGAUUUGGCCGGGAGGCAGAAGAGGGAGGAGGAGGAGGAGCCAUACAACGAGGAGAACGGAGAACACGAUGAAGUGAAAGAGCAAGAGGUCCCAGCAGAGAAGGAGGGAGAACACAGGAAAGGAGAGAUCAACGAGGAGGACAACUACGAAGACAAGGAGGUGGGGGUUGGACAGGACGAGCGGCCCAAUCGACGGGAGAUGUGAGCUGGACAGAGACAUUGACCAAUGAGAGUGCCUUUCCCCAUCACUGGGAGCCAAUCAGAUCUCACUAUUGUUCCCUCUAAAGGAGUAAAAUCAGGCGCCCACUCGGCAUUCCAAUUGGAAUUCUAUUGUCUGCUUGGAGAUGGGAUGGUAUUCACUUUUGUUUUUGUGUGGGACUGGAACUGAUGAACUUCUGGACAGAAUUCUCCUACUGCAACUGGGAAUUAUAUAUAUAUAUAUAACACUACAUGUAAAGAUUUUGGUUUCAUUAGUAUUUCUCCAUUGCAAAGAUAAUCCAUCCACUUGACAGGUGUGGCAUAUCAUGAAGCUGAGUAAACAGCAUGAUCAUUACAUAGGUGAACCUUGUGCUGGGGACAAUAAAAGGCCACUCUAAAAUGUGCAGUUUUGUCACAGAACACAAUGCCACAGAUGUGUCAAGUUUUGAGGGAGCGUGCAAUUGGCAUGCUGACAGCAGGAAUGUCCACCAGAGCUGCUGCCAGAGAAUUGAAUGUUAAUUUCUCUACCAUAAGCCACCUCCAAUGUUGUUUUAGAGAUUUUGGCAAUAUAUCCAACCGGCCUCACAACCUCAGACCAUGUGUAACCACGCCAGUCCAGGACUUCCACUUCCGGCUUCUUCACCUGCGUGAUCUUCUGAGACUAGCUACCGGGACAGCUGGGGAGUAUUUCUGUCUGUAAUGAAGCCAUUUUUUUGGGGGGGGGGGAACUCAUUCUGACUGGCUGGGCCUGGGAGGGCAUAGGCCCACCCACUUGCAAGCCAGGCCCACCCAUGGCUGUGCCCCUGCCCAGUCAUGUGAAAUCCAUAGAGUAGGGCCUAAUGAAUAUAUUUCAAUUGACUGAUUACCUUAAAUUAACUGCAACUCAGUAAAAUCGUAGAAAUAUUUGCAUGUUGCGUUUAAAAAAAAAAAGUCAGUGUGUGUGUGUGUACAUGCGCGCGCGCGCACACACACAUCUGUGUUUCCAUCCAUCUAGUGACCUAUCAGACAUGAGAAGGUCAUGUUACUGUAUACUAUCUGUUUUGUGCCCAAGUCUUUUUUUUAAAUUUGUUUUGUACACAUUUUUUUUUUACACCAAAUUCCUCUCAAUGUACGUUUAGUAGGACAUGUUUUCCAAUCCUCCAAUCCCCCAUAUUGUAGAUAUGACAAUCCUUAUGGGUGGAUUUGAAAAUGUUUCUCCAGUGUUCUCAAAGCGCUAUGAAAUCGACUGUCGUUACUACAGGAAGAACUACAGGAAGAACUACAGGAAGUACUACUGUCGUUACUACAGGAAGAACUACUGUCGUUGCUACAGGAAGAACUACUGUCGUUGCUACAGGAAGAACUACUGUCGUUACUACAGGAAGAACUACUGUCGUUGCUACAGGAAGAACUACUGUCGUUGCUACAGGAAGAACUACUGUCGUUGCUACAGGAAGAACUACUGUCGUUGCUACAGGAAGAACUACUGUCGUUGCUACAGGAAGAACUACUGUCGUUGCUACAGGAAGAACUACUGUAUCACAGAUGCCAAUAGUAGGGGAAAAAAUCAACCGUUCAUUUUCAUUCUCCUGUUUUUACUUGUCUACGUUGCUUGUCCUCUUGUUACUAGCUAAGUACGCAUUGCCGGUGGAUCACAGGUCCUUUCAUAGUGUAGUUUACCUGUUGACCUGGAUCUUAAUCACAAAUAUCCACUUGACCCGAUCACCCGAUCCUUAAUCACUACUGUGUAAUGUAUAGAAACAGUUGUAAAUAUUUUUCCACCUGCCUGGGGGACAAAACUGGUUUAUUUGGUAACAACAAAGUGAAUGUGGUUGAAUUAAACAUGUAUAAAAGCAUCUACAACCCA